UCGACGCUAGCAGCCGCGCGAGCCGACAACUUCUACUACCCGCCGGAAUGGACGCCGGAGCAGGGCUCGCUGAACAAGUUCCAGGGACAGCACCCGCUGAGAGAACGAGCCAAGAAGCUGGGCGAUGGCAUUCUCGUCAUCAGGUUUGAGAUGCCGUUCCACGUGUGGUGUGGCGGGUGCAAGGCCAUGAUCGCCAAGGGCGUGCGCUUCAACGCCGAGAAGAAGCACAUCGCCAACUACCUCUCCACCAAGGUGCCCUGCUCUUCCUUUCCUCCCGCACUCCUCCCGCUCGCUCCCAACCCAACACUCAUGCUCCCCCAUGGCCUUUUUCUUGCUUGCACGCUGUACCAGCUUCGUGAGUGGAGCGGAGCACAAGGCGGUGGAGUACGAUGCAGAGGAUGCCGGCACCGUGCCGGCUCCAAAGAGGAGCGAGAGCAGCUGUUGGAUCCGCUGGUGCGAUUGGAGCAUGGGGGUCACGACCACAAGAGGGCAGCAGCAGCAGCACCCACGCUAGCGGCCGUGAAGGCUGCUGCGGACACCAAGCAUGCCGACCCCUUCUGCCUCAACCGUGUGCUGCGCUCCCAGCUCAGGGGGGCUGGCGAUCCGGCUGCUGCCGCCCUCGCAGGCGGACAGUGCAGCAGCGCCCUUUGCACACCGCUUUGA